AUGCUUUGGUUCUUAUCCAGCAUUGCCAUCAUCAAUUCGAUGGUCAAUGGCUAUGACGGAUCCAUGAUGACUGGAAUGCAAUCUUUGACCCAAUGGAACGACUCAUUCAACCACCCCACCUCAGCGGCUCUCGGUCUGCUCAAUGCCAUUUUCAACGCCGGUGGUACCUGCGGUGUCGUUAUUGCACCUUAUUGCACCGACUUACUUGGUCGCCGCCUUGGUAUUGCUAUCGGCUCUGUCAUCAUCCUCGUCGGAGUUAUUCUGCAGGCCGCUGCCGCGAACACUAGCAUGUUUAUCGGUGCCCGUUUCAUCAUUGGCUUCGGUCUCUCCAUUUCCAGCAAUGCUGCACCCAUUCUAGUAGCUGAGCUUGCCCAUCCUCGGUUCCGUGGUACCAUCACUUCGCUGUACAACACCCAGUGGCCUCUUGGCGGUAUCCUGGCCGCUUGGAUCACCUACGGCACCUUCCAGAUUCCCGGUGCAGCAGCAUGGCGCAUCCCAUCUGCUCUGCAGGCCGUGCCAUCCGUCAUCCUUCUAUGUUUCCUGCCUUUCAUGCCCGAGUCACCUCGCUGGCUGGUCGACAAGGGCAAGUCCGAUCAGGCCCGGGCUAUCCUAGGUCGCCUGCACGGGAACGGGGACAUCCACGCUCCACUCGUCGAGCUCGAGAUGAACGAAAUUGAGGAAGCGAUCAAGUUUGAGCGACAGAACGAGAAGGUCUCCUGGCUCGAGCUCAUCGCUACGCCCGGAAACAGGUACCGCAUGUUCCUCGCUAUCUGCGUCGGUAUUUUCUCCCAAUGGAGCGGGAACGGUCUGACAGGCUACUACCUCACGCAAAUCCUGAAGCAAAUAGGGAUUACCGACGCUCAGUUCCAGCUCCGGCUCAACGGUGGGAAAGAGAUCCAAGCCUGGGUGCUAGCCUGCGUUGGCGCCUUCCUGACAGAUCACGUUCCCCGCCGAGUACAGUUCAUCACCGGGACAUCGGGCAUGAUGAUCUGUUUCUCGGCCCUCACUGGCCUGACAGCGGCGUACAACAACAACCCUUCGCGUCCUAUUGGCCUGGCGGCGAUCUCGUUUAUCUUCUUCUACUCGGCGUUCUACUCCUGUGGCUGGCAGGGUCUCACCACCCUGUACCCAACAGAGAUAAUGCCGUACAAUAUCCGUGCCAAGGGCCUGGCAGUCUCUAACCUGACCGUCAACCUCGCUCUCUUCUUCAACAGCUACAUCAACCCCAUCGGGAUGGCGAACCUAGGCUGGAAGUUCUACCUCGUCUACGUCGCGUGGCUCCCAUGCGAAGUGCUCAUAAUGGUGUUCUUUUUCAAGGAGACCAAGGGGCAUACGCUCGAGGAGCUCGCAGUGAUCUUCGAUGGAGAGAAGGCGGAGGUUGCUGGUAAUAGGCUCGGGUUCGACCCGGCCCAGCAGGAGAUCGCGGACGUGAACGCUGAGCUUGCUAAGGUUGAGGGGCAUGGGACGAGCACACCGGAUGAUAUGGAGAAGGGGGAGCCGGAGCAUAUCGAGCGUCAGGCUUGA